AUGUUUUAUCAUCCACUUGCUAAUGGUCAAGCUGAAGUGUCAAACCAGGAAAUUAAAGGUAUUUUAGAGAAAAAUUUCGGGAAGGCUUGUCAUUUACCAGUAGAACUUGAGCACCGAGCUUAUUGGGCAGUGAAAAAGCUGGAUGUUGAUUUAUUUAUGGUCGGACAGAAUAGGCUUCUUGAGUUGAAUGAGCUUGAUGAAUUUAGAAAUGAAGCUUAUGAAAAUGCAAAGAUUUAUAAAGAAAAAUAUACAGCUUCUCAUGAUAAAAGGAUAAUAAGAAAGGAUUUCCAACUAGGAGAUAAAGUGUUGUUAUUUAAUUCUAGAUUGAAUCUGUUUCCAGGAAAACUAAAGUCUAGAUGGUCGGGACCCUUUACAGUUGUUGUCUCAUUACCUUAUGGGGUGGUACAGAUUCAUAGUGAGAAAACAGGACAUUUUAAAGUAAAUGGUCAGAGAUUAAAGCAUUAUUUAGAAGGGCCGAUGGAAAAAUGCAAAUCUGUGAUGGUUUUGGAACCCCUUUGA